GCCCGUCACGCCGCGUACGCGGUCUCGCCUCGAGAAACCAGACGCACGUGUCUUAAAUCUUUGUGUUAAAAAUACGAUGCAUACAAAAACAUAUCGCGUGUUUAAUGUGUACGCGCACUGAAUUUUUGAACUUUAAACCGAUUGGUUAUAAUUAAGGUGGAGGGGGAGUAAGCGCGGGGCGCGCGGCGCGGGGUGAUGCCGGUGCGCAAGGGGCUGCUCGCGCCCCAGAAUACCUUCCUCGAUACUAUCGCCACUCGCUUCGAUGGAACACACAGCAACUUCGUGUUGGGGAACGCGCAGGUGCCGUCGUACCCCAUCGUGUACUGCUCGGACGGGUUCUGCGAGCUGACGGGGUGGGCGCGCGCGCACAUCAUGCAGAAGGGCUGCGCGUGCAAGUUCCUCCAUGGGCCCGACACGCACGAAGACCACCGCCGCGAGAUCGACGCAGCCCUAGACUCCAAACAUGAACUCAAGCUGGAGCUCAUCUUCUAUAAGAAAAUUGGAACACCUUUCUGGUGCCUGCUCGAUAUCGUUCCAAUUAAAAAUGAGAAACGGGAGGUCGUGUUGUUUCUCGCCUCAUUCAAGGAUAUCACAAAUACAAAGAUGGCCGCCAUGAAUACUAAUGAGGACUUCGAUAGCGGAGCCGCGGUGCGGCCUUCGGCUGGCGUGGUAACUCUAGCGUUGUCCCCAUUUGUACCCGCAGCGGCACUCUUGGGCGCCCGGUUCCGAGCUGAAUCUAGUUGCCUCCUUCCAGACCCGAAUGGCAAUCUUGACCCCGAAGCGCCUUCACCCGCUAACAUGGGCAGGCGGCGCUCCAGGGCUGUUCUUUACCAGCUUUCAGGACACUACAAACCGGAUAAAAUGAAGUCUAAACUAAAACUCAACAAUGUCAGUAAGAACCUGCUACAUUCGUCGGAUCCCCCGCUUCCCGAGUACAAAACGUCAGCGAUAAAAAAGUCCAAAUUUAUUAUCUCGCAUUAUGGCGUUUUUAAAACCUUCUGGGAUUGGUUAAUCCUAAUAGCGACAUUUUAUGUAGCGGUUGUUGUGCCAUAUAACGCCAGUUUCGUCGACGAAGGCCACCCCAGAAUAAGUGUAACGAGCGAUGUCAUAGUGGAAGCACUUUUUAUUAUAGAUAUCGUCCUUAACUUCCGAACGACGUUUGUAAGCAAGAAAGGGGAAGUGGUAUCUGACUCCAAAGCGAUAGCUCUUAAUUAUAUACGUUCAUGGUUCGUGGUGGAUCUCCUGGCCGCGCUCCCUUUUGACCUACUUUACGCUUCAGACGUAUACAGCGGGACGGAGUCAACGCAUGGUAAUGUUCACUUAGUGAAGCUUACCCGUUUGCUACGACUCGCGAGACUACUGCAGAAGAUGGACCGUUACUCGCAAUACUCAGCCCUCAUCCUUACGCUACUCAUGUUGUCGUUCACGUUAGUCGCUCACUGGCUCGCAUGCAUUUGGUUUAUCAUUGCCGAAAAAGAGAUCGAACAUCACAAAAAUGAAAGUUGGGAUUUAGGUUGGAUCAAUAACUUGGCGGAAAGAUUGAAAAUACCAAUAGUGAACAUAUCACACAGCGAAAGCUAUGUGACGGCGCUGUAUUUCACCUGCUCGUCGUUAACGAGCGUCGGCUUCGGAAAUGUGUCAGCGAACACUUUGCCAGAGAAAAUUUUCAGCAUACUGGUUAUGUUGGUCGGAGCUCUAAUGCACGCCGUGGUGUUCGGUAACGUAACCGCAAUCAUACAACGGAUGUAUUCACGCCGAUCGAUGUAUCAAAGUAAAUGGCGAGAUCUGAAGGACUUCCUAACAAUCAACCAAGUCCCUAAGGAGCUGAAACAACGCAUGCAAGACUAUUUUCAGACGAUGUGGUCUCUCAACCAUGGUAUUGAUAUCCACGAGACACUAAAAGAAUUCCCCGAAGAAUUGAGAGGCGACGUUUCGCUACAUUUACAUAGGGAAAUCCUGUCGCUACCGAUAUUCGAGUCCGCCUCUCAGGGUUGCCUCAAGCUUCUGUCUCUGCAUAUUCGAAACAACUUCUGUGCACCCGGCGAAUAUCUCGUGCACAAAGGCGAUGCAUUGACAUACAUUUACUACAUUUGUAACGGCUCAAUGGAAGUGAUGCAAAACGAUAUGGUUGUUGCUAUAUUGGGAAAGGGUGAUUUAGUGGGUUGUGAUAUGAAUACCCACUUACAAGCUUACAACGGUACGGGUACAUCGCAGUCUAAUAACCCCGACGUCGUCGUCAAAUCUAGUAGCGAUGUGAAGGCGCUCACUUACUGCGAUCUCAAGUGCAUUAACAUGAUUGGUCUCGCUGAGGUACUACGCUUAUAUCCAGAAUACCAGCAGGAAUUUAUACACGAUAUACAACAUGACCUCACGUACAAUUUGAGAGAGGGAUAUGAGGCAGAACAGGAAUCUGAUGGAAAUGGACACCCCUCGUUAACUCUACCAUCGAUAUCGGAAGAUGAUGAAAACGCAGCAGAAGAUCAGGCUUUAUCUCCGAAAAAACCGCUAGUUCCGAGUACCAGUAGUCCCCGUCACGCAAGAUUUAGGUCGGACGGGCAAGCCCGUUUAACUCAUAGAGAAUUACGGGAGAGAAUUGAAAGACAACGUUCCGUAGCAACGCCCAAAAUUAAUAGAGCCGACUCUUUGGAAGGUUUAAAUUUAGAAAUACGUUCGUCUGUAGAGAGACUCGACACACAGGUAUCCAGUUUACAUCAUGACGUCGCUGCGCUCAGCAUGGAGGUACGGAAUGCAAUCCACGCUCUACAGGAGAUGACAGGUCCCGUAUGGCAUGCCGCACAUUCUAACCCUAACUUGCAGUGGAAUACUCCACCCAAUCAACUAGCUCGCAGCUGCAGUCAUCCGCCUGAUGUGUUUUGUUGGGAUCAGCAGGAGAGGCCAAUAACUCCGGAGCGACCAAAAAUAAAUCGAUGCACGCAAACGGAUCCUUUUUUGAACUGUGUCACACAAUACAUAAUGGAACAUCCAGCGACCGUGAUGCUAUUACUCGGCUUAGAUCCCAUGGCAAACCUAACACCGGUUAUGGCUCCAGCUGUAGAGUAUUACGACCCUCGAAGUCGCCGGCCCAGUGGAUUAGAACAGAUCGUGGAAUCUGAAAACGGAAGUCAAUCUCCCUCCAGUACGGCCAGUGAUAAAGCCGAACCGAAUAUAAGUCCCACCGGCAGCGCCAAGUGUGUUAAUACACAGCCAGAGGCAAAAAGACUAUUUGACAAAGACUGUAAAGGUGCAAAUAUGAAAAGAAAUAGGUAUUCUGCUAGUGAUAUAAGUGAAGUGUCCGAAAGAUUGUUACCGACGAGAGCCUCCAACCAGAGCACGUACAGUCUCAAAAAUAAUUUUAACAGUUAAGAUUAUUUAUUCCAAUAUGCUCAUUAGUAGAUAAUUUCAAGUUAACUCUCAAUGUUAGUACAUCAAGUUUAAUUGAAAGCUUCUAUUUUUAUAAUAUAGUGAAAUAUUCCUGUCGGCGAAAUAAAAUUUCCUUUCACUUGUUUCAAUAAUAAAUGUACAUAUCAGAAAUCAUAUAAAUAAUUUGAUUAUUAGGUUAAAGUUGUUUAUUUAUCUAGUCACUGUUUAGAUUAUAGUCAUUUAAAUGUGUGAUACGUAGCAGAUGUUCUCGGCAGUGUGUUAUUCUUAAAAUAUUGCCAUUAAAUCUCUUUGUUCUUUUUUUA